UUCUUAAUUUACAUUUUUUAUUAUUCUAUAAUCAACCAAUAAUUACUAAAGUUCCAUCAAAAGCAUUAUGUUUAACAGAUGGACGUUUAUGUCAUUGUACAACAACAAGUAAAUCCUAUCGUUAUUUUUGGAAAAAAAUCUGGCCAAUCUACAAUGGUUUGAUUUUCGGUAUUAUACCAUGUCUGAUUAUAACUAUAUGUUGUAUUAUUAUUGUAAAAAAUCUUUACGAAAUAAGAGAUGGGGUAUUUUUUGGUAAUGAUAAGAAAAAAAGACGUUCAUCAUCAGCUGAAUCAAUGGUAUCCGCUGGCUAUUCUCCAAACAAAAAAUGUCAAACUGAUCAAAUGCAUUCUGUUACAUUGGCAUUAAUACUUUUGGAUGUAUUAUUUCCUCUAACAAUAUUUCCAACAUUAUUUUUUCAAAUUUACAUUAAUUAUGUUCCACCUCUUACAUGCAGAGCCAUUGGACAGACAAAUAUAUUACUUGCCUUUGGCUUGUCAUGUACAUUUUUCAAAAAUACAUUUGGAUUUUUUAUUUAUUUACUAACCGGUUCAAAAUUUCGUAAAACUGUUAAAGAGUUAAUUGGAAAUAUAUACGGUCGCAUUUGA